GAAAUUGAGAAUUGAACACGUGUUUUUUCAAUCUCUGUCUAGGUUACCUCGGAUAAAAUAAUGUAAUUGAAUAUUUGUGAUUUUCACGAGUUUCUACUACAUAUCAAAUAAUUUUAUAUGUAAAUCAAAAAGUACUUUUUUAAAUCAAUUAAUUUUGUUUUUGUAUAUUUUUUUACAUUAAUGUACAGUGGAUACUUUUAGUUUUAUCGAUUGAUUACCACCAUAAUUAAGGUUAUUUUUGUAAAUUACAUCAAGCUGCAGAUCUUAGUAUCUUUAGUUGGGAUUCGCAGAUACUAAAAUCAUUUGAAUCAUGAAGAAAGUGGACGGGCCGAGGAAAGAUCGUAAACAAUUAUCAUGGACUUAUCGAAAUAAAAAGAAACAAGGAAAAAUUGUUAAAGCAAAACCAAAUGACAAUGAUAAUGUUCAAGUACAAAAUAAAAAAGCUCGGAUAGUUGUAAGAAAUUUAUCAUUCAAGGCUACAGAGGAAGAUAUUAGAAGACUUUAUGAACCUUUUGGACAAAUAGAGCAGAUAGAACUAUUAAAAAGACCUGAUGGUAAACUCGUAGGAUGUGGUUUUGUUCAAUUUAAAAGGCUAGAAGAUGCUUCUAAGGCUAUUUUUAAAACAAAUAAGCAAGAAUUUCUUGGACGUCCUAUAACUAGUACAUGGGCCAUUGCGAAAUCUAAAUUUAUUGAGAAACUUCAACAAAAUGGGCAAGAUAGUGGGAAAGAUGAGGAUACUCCAAAAACUGUAGAAGAAAAAAAUGCAGACAAAGAUGAGGAUUUUAUUGAAUUAAAUGGUACUGGCAAAACUGAAUCCAGUAAUAAAAAACCCGUAAAAAAUAAGAAAAAGCUCACACCAGAAGAAAGAAAAGAAUUGAAAUCGAAAAAGAGGAAAAAAAGAUCGAGGAUUAUUUUGCGAAAUAUAUCUUUUAAGGCCACUGAAGACAUUAUUAAAGAAAGUUUUCAACAAUAUGGUUCUAUUGAGGAAAUCAAUAUGUUAAAAAAAGAUGGAAAAUUUACUGGUUGUGCUUUCAUACAAUUUGAUCAUGUUCAAAGUGCAAGAAAAGCUGUUUUACACGGUAAUAUGAAACCUAUUUGUGACAGGCCUGUCGUUGUUGAUUUGGCUGUAGCUAAAUCAAAAUUUCAAAAACAGUCUGAAAACAUAACGAUUAAAGAAGAACCAGUGGAAGUUAAAAAAGAAGUUGAAGAAAUUGUUGAAAAUAAAGAUUCUGAAGGAGACAAUGAUUCUAAUGAAGAUAUUUCAAAAGAUAAUGAUACAGACGAUGAUGAUGAUGAUGAUGAUGAAAACGAUGUAGAAGAAGAAAAAGAGUCAGAGACAGAUGAUAGUGAUGAUGAAUUUGACGUUGAAAAUGAAGAAAAAGACGAAGAUGAUGAUAAAAAUAUAAUAAAGUUAGAAAAUGACAAAUCACAAAAACGACCUCAUGUAAUUUCUCAUGAUGUAACUGAAGGUAAAACCGUGUUUCUAAAAAAUGUUCCUUUUUCAGUAAAAAAUAAAGAGUUGAGAGAAUGUAUGGAACAGUUUGGUCCAGUAUAUUAUGCGCUAGUUUGUAUCGACCCUGUAAUGGAACAUUCUAAAGGCACAGCAUUUGUUAAAUUUGUAAAUGUUGAAGAUGCUGAAAAAUGUUUGUCAGCAGGGACAGAAUUGCGUAUACAAAAUCAAGUACUUGAUCCCCAUCCAGCUUUAGAUCGAAACGAAGUUACUAAUGGAAAAUCUUUGAAAUCUCAAAGAAUAAAAGACUCUAGAAAUUUAUAUUUAGUAAAAGAAGGAGUUGUUAUGGCUGGUAGUCCAGCAGCAGAAGGUGUUUCUGCAGCAGAUAUGAAAAAACGUUUAGAAUUAGAACAAUGGAAAUCUCAAAUGCUUCGUAAUUUGGCUAUGUUUGUUUCAAGAGUAAGAUUAGUUGUACACAAUUUACCACCGAAUCUUGAUGAUUCAACUCUUAGAACAAUAUUUAAAAGUCAUGCUGGGCCAAAAGCAUUUAUAACCGAAGCAAGAAUAAUGCGUGAUCUUAAAAAUACUGACUCAAAGGGAGUUGGGAUUUCAAAAGGAUUUGCAUUUGUUGCUUUCACAAAACAUGAAGAUGCUUUGAAAGCACUUAGAAGUAUUAAUAAUAAUCCAAGUAUAUUUUCAGCAUCAAGGAGACCUAUUGUAGCUUUUUCAAUUGAAAAUAAAAUAAUGGUGAAUGCUAAACAACGUAGGAUUGCUAAAAGUAGAGAGCACAAUCCUUUGUGGAAAGCCAACCAGGAAGACAAUGAUAAUAAAUCUAUUGAACGCCCGUUCAAACGGUUUAAAAAAGAUCAUGACAAAAAACCUGAUGCUGACGAAGUUACGAAAUUUUCUGGUACAAAUAGUAAACCCGGAACAUCUGUUAAAUUACGAGCUAAAUUUAAAUUGAAAGAACAAGCUCUUCGUCAUCGUGAACAAAUUAAAAAUGAGAACAAAAAUAAAAAAAUUAAAAGAAAAAUUCAAGAGAUAAAAACUAAUCAAGCAUUAUCUCGGAAAGAAAUUAAGCCGAAACUCGGGAAGAAAAAACCGACUAUGGAUGAGGCGAAUUUCAAUAAAUUGGUGCACAGUUACAAAAAUCAAUUAUCGUCGAUACCACAAAGUAAAUCUAAGUGGUACGAUACUUGAAUGAAAAAAUAAAUAAAUUUUAUAUGUACACACGUGUGUAUGUAUGUACAUAUUU